CAAUUACUAUUCUCGCUCCCCACCUUCCAUUCUCAAGUAUGAAAAGGAAGAAAAAAAAAUGUUCUCAAUUGAUCAUAAUACAAGAGAAAGAUAGAAAUUAAUUAACUUCAUCUCCUCCUCCUUCUUCUUGCCUGGUUUGGUACCUCCAACCCAGGUGAGCUUUUGGUUGCUAGAAUCUCCAUGGAUGAUUAGAAUGACUUGAAUAAACUCUAUAGCAUCCCCAUCAUCAGAGCACAAAGAAAUCCCAAGAAGCUACUUUCAUUGUUUUGGCGUACUGGAAAAUACUAUAUAUCUUGUCUUAUAAGUUAUAUGUCUUUGUAAUAUCUAAUCACCCACCUUUUUUUCUUUCCUGUACGGCCAAACCAAACGUAUUCUCCUUUGGAUUUUGUUUGUAAUCAUGCAAUAUUCCAGUGCAAAAGGUCUCUUGCUACGUCUUGUUUGCAGUAUCUUUGUUUUGUUGAAUGGCAUGCAUGCUGGUGUUGCAUGGAAUGAGGAGCCAGGUUCUUUGAUUUUGGGUUGUGGGUUGGAUGGAGGGGGUGCCAAAGAUGCUGAUGGAAGAGAAUGGAGCCCUGAUAACAAGUUCUUGGGGCCAGAAGGUGGUUCAAUCACAUCCAAAGCCUCUUACCAAGAUCCUUCUCUUAUGUCUGAGAUUCCAUACAUGUCAGCACGUGUUUUCUCAUCUGAGGCAACAUACAAAUUCCCCAUCCAACCCGAUAAGCGCUAUUGGCUCAGGCUCCAUUUUUACCCAGCCCUUUAUGAGAGUUUCAAUCCCUCUGACUCAUUUUUCUCCGUGACUGCAAAUGGUGUUACCCUCCUCUCCAAUUUCAGCGCCACAGCCACUUGUGAGGCCCUCUCACAGGCCUACAUUGAUAGAGAGUACUCCCUUGCGCCAUUGAAUUCAGAAGCCUUGACUCUCACUUUCAAGCCUUCUGAUAAAUACAAUGGCACUUUCGCUUUUGUCAACGGCAUUCAGCUCAUCCCGAUGCCCGAGUUGUUUGAUUCCGGAGAAUUGGUAGGGUAUGCUGACCAAACCACGGAUGUGAAGAGCUUGAAUCUGCAAACCAUGUUUAGGCUUAACGUUGGUGGACAGUACAUUUCUCCAAUCCAAGACUCUGGCCUUACAAGGAUGUGGUAUGAUGACAGGCCUUACCUUUAUGGUGGAGGCACUGGUGUCACCAACCAAGCCGAGAAGAACGUCUUAAUCGACUACCAGACCAUGCCAAAGUACAUUGCUCCUUCUGAUGUCUACUCCACAUCAAGAUCAAUGGGGCCUGACAAGGAUGUCAACUUGGGCUUCAAUCUCACUUGGGUCUUCCAAGUCGAUCCCAAUUCCAUGUACCUUGUUAGAUUGCAUUUCUGUGAAUACCACUACUCCAAGGUCAAUGAGAUUGCUUUCGACAUAUUUGUCAACAACCAAACGGCACAAGCUCAAGCUGAUGUGAUAGGAUGGACAGGAGGUAAGGGGGUGCCAACUUAUAAGGACUAUGUGAUAUAUGUCCAAGAUGGGGAGGCCGAUGACAUGCUUUGGCUUUCUCUUCACCCUUCACCUGACUCAAAGCCUGAGUUCUAUGACGCCAUACUCAAUGGAGUGGAAAUAUUCAAGCUCAAUGACACAGACUUGUCUGGUCCCAAUCCUCAGCUUUCGGAGAUGCUCCUCAAGCAGCAGAAAGAGGAUGAGGAAGCAGGCUUCAUUAGCCACAAAGCAUAUCAUAAGCAUGUUGUUAUUGGUGGAGCUGCUGGAGGUGCUGCUGGUUUAGCUUUUAUGGCUGCAUUGUUCCUUGCCGUGUACAACAAGAAGAAGAGAGUUCCGGGGUCAGAGGGUCACACAAGCUGGCUUCCCAUCUAUUUGAACUCACACAGCAAAUCCUCUUCGUCUGGGAAGAGUGUUACUAGCAGUGCCAACUUAUCUGCCAUGGCUCAAGGUCUUUGCCGCUACUUCUCCUUGCAGGAGAUAACGCAAGCAACCAAGAAUUUCGACGAGGCCAACGUCAUUGGGGUUGGUGGAUUUGGAAAGGUGUACAAGGGUGUCAUUGAUAAUGGAAUGAAGGUGGCAAUCAAGAGGUCGAACCCGCAGUCAGAACAAGGAGUUAAUGAGUUCCAAACGGAAAUAGAGAUGCUUUCCAAGCUGAGACACAAGCAUUUGGUGUCCUUGAUUGGGUUCUGCGAGGAAAAUGAUGAGAUGUGCCUGGUUUAUGACUUCAUGGCUCUUGGCACCAUGAGGGAACAUCUUUACAAGGGCAACAAGCCUAUGUCUACUCUAUCAUGGAAGCAAAGGUUGGAGAUUUGCAUUGGAGCUGCAAGAGGGCUUCACUACCUUCACACUGGGGCUAAGUACACCAUCAUUCAUAGAGAUGUCAAAACCACAAACAUUCUCUUGGAUGAAAACUGGAGUGCCAAGGUUUCAGAUUUUGGCUUGUCAAAAACUGGUCCAAACAUGAACACCGGUCAUGUUAGUACUGUGGUGAAGGGUAGUUUUGGCUACUUGGAUCCUGAAUACUUCAGGAGGCAACAAUUGACUGAAAAAUCUGAUGUAUACUCAUUUGGGGUUGUUCUGUUUGAAGCCCUGUGUGCCAGGCCAGUUCUCAAUCCUAGCCUUCCAAAGGAACAGGUUAGUCUUGCUGAUUGGGCAUUGCUUUGCAAGCAGAAAGGAACUCUAGAGGAUCUCAUUGACCCGUGUCUCAGGGGAAAGAUCAAUCCAGAAAGCUUGAAUAAGUUUGUAGACACAGCUGAAAAGUGCUUGUCUGAUCAUGGUACUGAUCGUCCCUCCAUGAAUGAUCUCUUGUGGAAUCUCGAAUUCGCUCUCAACCUGCAAGAAAACGUUGAAGGUGGUUCAACUCAUUCUGCUCGUGCUCAGGAAAGUGAUUUUGAAGAUGUAAGCUUGGGAGACAACGACAUGGCACGCCACUAUAAAAACUUAAGCCUUGGAAGUGACCUGGACCUUAGCGACGAUUCUAAUGAGAACCCGAAUGCCAUCUUCUCAGAACUUGCGAGUCCAAAAGGACGAUGAAGACAACAAAUAUGCUCUGGGUAUAUGGUUGUUUUGCUGUUGGGGAAACAGCUUCGAGCAUUCAUGGAAUUCAAGCAAAUAAAACCAGCUAGUUUGGGUUGCUUCAAAGUAUUUGUUGGGUUUCUAAUUUCUAUCCUUUUCUCCCCGCUAUCAUGAUUUUUAUUUUUAUGUACAUUAGUUAUUCUAUACCCUGUCUCAGUCUCUUUGUAUUAGACAGCACUUGGAUUACUUGUUGCUUGUCAAAUAUUAUUGAGACUCUGAUUCUUUACUAGCAUUGUAGAAAACCAGACCUAACCUUUUCUGGUUUUUGUAAAAUUCGAGUUGAUUUUAGUGCGUGCAAAAACGCUGUCUAAAAUCUAGAAAGAGUUGUUCGGUAGAGAAAUGUAAA